AGCCCCUCUGCCGGCAAGCACGAAUACCCCGGUAAUCUGGGAACAAGGUUCCGAAGACCCGGUGGGACGCCGUGGCUCCUCCCGGAAGGGCAGAGGACACCGAGCUCGACGCACGUGGACGGCGUGCUGCUCUGCGGUUCCGGUCACCAAGCUGUCCCGCGGAGCUCAGCGACAAGGCGGACCGGCGGGCGGUGGAGGGGGCUGCGUGCAGAUGCCCCACGCCGAGCCCGGCGGGAGGCGGGCAGUGUGACAGCGACUCACGCACGUGCCACGCGCACGCAGAGGGUGCCCUGCACCCACGCCCCUCGGACGGGACGCGCCACGCUCCACCCGUCCAGCCCGCCCAGUCCCACCGCCGCUCGCGCGGCCUCGGGGACAGCCGGGAGGCGUGGCCCGCGGGGAGCCCGCCCCUUUGAUGUGCGCCGGCGCCGCGGUGAUUGGCUGGGCGCUUGUGACGUGCGGGGACUGCGGUGGGCCCGGGUGCUGCGGCUGCCGCAGCGCCCGCCGCGGCUCCGGCUCCGGCUCCCCGGCAUUUAAAGGGGACGCGGCGGCGGCCCCGGGGAUGGAGGGCAGGUGGAAGGGAAGGGACAGAAGCACAUCUUCCACGGUCCCUCAGGACCGGAGGGACGCGUGAGCCGGAGCUCAGAAAUCCGGGGGUGGAUAAGACUGCGUCCUCCCCAAUUCCCGAGCUCUGGAUGAAAGCUUGAAACCAACAAAGUUUCUAGAGGUGGUGCCCAGGAUAAAAUCCUGACAAUGAGCGGGUGUCUUCCAGCUGUUGGCCUACGAUGCCUAUCUAGGGUCUUGGAUGUGCCAGCGAUCCUGGCUGUGGCCCGCUAACCAGGCUCUCCCCGGCCGGCUCCCGCCGCGCCACCUUUCGCUUGCCCCCUCCUCCUGCUCCUCUUCCCCCUGCUCCCAGGACGGCAGGAUGGCUGCGCCCGGCGCGCCUCGCUUCCUCCUGACCUUCGACUUCGAUGAGACCAUCGUGGACGAAAACAGCGACGACUCGAUCGUGCGCGCGGCGCCAGGCCAGCAACUACCCGAGAGCCUGCGAGCCACCUACCGCGAGGGCUACUACAAUGAGUACAUGCAACGCGUCUUCAAGUACCUGGGUGAGCAGGGCGUACGGCCCCGGGACCUGCGCGCUGUCUACGAGACCAUCCCCCUGUCGCCAGGCAUGGGCGACUUGCUGCAGUUCGUAGCCAAGCAGGGCUCCUGCUUCGAGGUCAUUCUCAUUUCGGAUGCCAACACCUUCGGUGUGGAGAGUGCCCUGCGUGCCGCUGGCCACCACAGCUUGUUCCGCCGCAUCCUCAGCAACCCAUCCGGGCCCGACGCGCGGGGACUGCUGACGCUGCGGCCCUUCCACACGCACAGCUGCCCGCGCUGCCCCGCCAACAUGUGCAAGCACAAGGUGCUCAGCGAAUACCUGCGUGAGCGGGCCCGCGACGGCGUGCACUUCGAGCGCCUCUUCUACGUGGGCGAUGGCGCAAAUGACUUCUGCCCCACGGGGCUGCUGGCGGGCGGGGACGUGGCCUUCCCGCGCCGCGGUUACCCCAUGCACCGCCUCAUCCAGGAGGCACAGAAGGCCGAUCCCAGCUCCUUCCGCGCCCACGUGGUGCCCUGGGAAACAGCCGCAGACGUGCGCCAACAUCUGCAACAGGUGCUGAAGAUGUGUUGAAGACCGUCACCUGCGAGGGGUACCCGGGGACAACCGCCGGAGGAGGGGGGGGGCAGGCCUGGGCAUUGGUUAAGACCGCCUGGUUUUACUCCUUCCUUUCUUCGCUUUGCUAUGUUCCUCUGGGCAUUUCUGGAGUUUUGUCCGCUUGUGGUCUGGGAGCGGAGACUCAGAGCCGUCCCUAUCUAUGCAGUUACCACAGCUCGGCUGCCUCCCCUCCAGGGAGUGGUGAGCACCCCUUGGAAGGCAGGCAGUGUCCCUCGAACUGAGAGGAAGGGGCUCCUGGCAGCUGGGAGAAAGGAUAUCUCCCACUACUUCAGCUGCUGCUCCGGCUGCGUAACUUCCCCUACCUAGUCUUUCAAUCGGACUCAGGACACACCCACCCACCCCAGUCCGCAUGCCAGCGCCGGGUUCCUCGCGCAGACCCGCGGAUGCUCCCGGGAGACAGCUCCAAAGCAUCCUUGAUUUUUGCUUCAGCCACCGCGAUCCCACACCGCUGCUGCUCGGGUUGCGCCUUGCUUCCCUUACCCCCGCCCACCAUGCCAGACACCCCCAAAGGAAGAAAAAGCCAGAGGGAGUAGCCAACCUCCUGCUGGUGGAACGAGGCAGAACCAACCAAUGACCUCGGAGAGUGUGACCAAUCUCACUCCAUCCUCAUCUACUACAGCAAGAGACCAGGGACUUCACCAAAGCCGUCCUCCGCACCCCCCUCCGCCCUUAUGGAACAGAAAGCCAUGUUUUUACGUAGAGCCAGGGAAAUCCAAGCCCCUCCCCCCCUCUGGUAUUUCAGACCUAUAAAGGAGGUGAAGGGGGACAAA